AUGUCUCCCGCCAUCACCACUCUAACACCGCCGUUAUCCCUCGCCGUCACUUCGGCAGCGCGUCCUUCGCGCAAGACGGCGACGGUUAAAACCGACAAAAAACAAAGGCAAACCAGCCUCGGUUUCGGCGGCGACAAGAAGGAAACAAAGUGGCACUGCGUGGAGGGUUGUGGGGCAUGCUGUAAGCUCCAAAAGGGUCCUUCUUUUCCCUCUCCUGAAGAAAUUUUCGACGACCCUUCUGACGUUCAGCUGUACAAAAGCUUGAUAGGACCAGAUGGAUGGUGUAUUCAUUAUGAGAAGACUACUCGGAAAUGUUCCAUUUACCCUGAUCGUCCGUAUUUUUGCCGUGUGGAGCCAGAGGUGUUUAAAUCUUUGUUUGGAGUUAAAGAGAAGAAUUUCCACAAGGAAUCCUGCAGUUUCUGCAGGGACACAAUUAAGGCUAUUUACGGUCCCAAUUCAAAUGAGCUUUAUAAUUUCAACAGCUCAAUAAGGAACUCUUCUAGAUGGGAUGUUUUCUUCCCACAAUUAAUUCUGGCAAACAAAAAUUUUCAUGUUCCUCUUAGAGCACUAUGUUUAGACUUGCUUACUUUGAUUAUCAUGGUUGAGGUCUCUUAUGCCACCUUUUCUACUUCUCCUCUGGUUAAAAUGGAGCAACAAAAGCAGGUUCUCAAUUCAAAAGCACCAUCUGCGGUUCUCAAUUGCCAAAUUCUAAGCACUUGGAAAUAUGUGCUUAGAUGA